UAUCCGAUUUCAUCGCAGGAAAAUGCAGAAGACUUCCCUGAUCUUUGUGGCGGCUGCCUUGGCCGCUCUACUGACCCCCAUCGUAGAGGCAAAUUCGGAGGGACAUGGAGAGGUUAUAUACCCUUCCCGUUGCAACGCAUUCCUGCACUUCCGGUCCAUCGAUGGCACCUGCAACAACCUGCGGAACCCGACCUGGGGCGCCGCUUACGAGCCCUACCGACGCCUGGCAGGUCACAACUAUGGUGACGGCAUCUCGAGCCUGCCCACAGCCAGCGACGGCGCCGAGCUGCCCACCGCCCGCCUCGUCAGCCUCGCCGUCGGUAGUCUGCCCAACUCUUCGCCCGCCUCCCGCUCGUUCCUGCACGUGCUCUUCGGUUUCUUCCUGGCCCUCGACGUCACCGCCACGCCCUUGCUUGCAGACGCUGACGGGCAACCCACCUCGUGCUGCCCGAAGUUCUCGAACGCCCACAGGGGUCAGAUCCACCCCGACUGCGCCAGCGUCAUUCUCUCCGCCACGGGCCCCUCCUUCAGCGAACUCGAGCAGCUAUGCAUGGAGUUCCUGCGCUCUGCCCCUGCGGCGAAAUGCGAGUCCGGCCCGAGGGAUCAGGUGAACGCGGCCACCGCCUACCUUGAUGCCUCCAUGGUCUACGGCUCCGCCCGGCGCACUCGCUCCACCGACGACGGCCACGUGCGGGUCACUGACGAAAAUGUGUUCAACAGAUUUCAGUUCCUGUACGCACCGGACGUGUGGCCCCUGGUCAACAUGUUCUACCGCAUGGUCACUCGCUACCACAACAACGUAGCGGAUCGCCUCAAGGAAAUCAACGUGGACUGGGAUGGCGAGAGGCUUUUCCAGGAAACCCGCAGGAUCGUGGUCGCCCAACUACAGCAUGUCGUUUACAACGAAUAUCUUCCUAAAAUCCUCGGACCAGAUGCGAUGAACAAAUACGAACUGACACCUCUGACCGGGUCGGAACGGAGAGAGGACUACGACGCUAGCGAGAAUGCUGCGACUAGUUCCGAAUUCGAAACUGCGGCCCUCCGCUUCAGCCAGAGCCAGAGGCCGGAAAGCAUCGAGUUUGCCAACGGAGAGGUUACAGAAGUCGAACUGUCCUCCCCCACGCUGGCCGAGUCCCUUGAGCACACGCCUUCCCAAGUGCUCCGCGCCGUCAGUCGGCAGGCGGCCAGUAAAGUGGUCUUUGCAAAGGAGCUGUAUUUCGGAAUCGACUUGCUGGCUCGGAGCAUCCAGCGCGGGCGCGACCAUGGCUUGGGAGGAUACGCGGCAGUGAGGGCGGCCAGAGACAACACCGAGAUUAACACUUUCGACGACUUGACCGAGAGUUUGGGCCAAGACGUCAGUAACAACCUGAAGACCGUGUACAACGACGUAAGGGAUAUCGACCUGUUGAUCGGUGGAGCUUUUGAGCAACCAGUCCCCGAUGGAGUGCUGGGACCCACCUUCACUUCCGUUCUGGCUGAACAAUUUUCCAGAAUUCUCAAGGCAGAUAGGUACUGGUACGAGACUAACAUCAAAGAAACCCGGUUCAAGGAUGAUCAACUGGAAGCGUUGCACAGCACAACUCUUGCGGCCAUCAUGUGUGACGCCUUUCCAGAACUGGAGGAGAUUCAGGAGCGUCCCUUCGAGGUGGUUUCGGCAGAGAACAAGCUGGUGCCUUGUAAGCGUGUACCCCUUGUGGGACUCGAGGCCUGGAAACCUUGAGCGAAAGUAGCGCCUCAAAAGGAGGACGCUCUUGGAGGGGUCUCACCUGUAUCUCAGUGAAACAGAGUAAACCAUCUCAUU